AUGGCAAUGCUGGCUCCCAAGACCGCCGCUUUUCCGGCACCCCUAAACACCAACAACCCCAUGGUCCCCAGCGUCUCGGCCGGCGGCAUCCCGCCCUCGAGACGGGCGCCCACAAUCCAGAACCAGUCUACCUCCUUCGCCAGCCCGACCGAAUCCGAAUUCUCCGACAGUGAUGGCCCCGAUGCCGUCAAGAACUGGGACGAGGACAAGGUGUGUGAAUACCUCAGAAGCGUAAAAUGCGGCGAGUACGAGAAGCUCUUCCGCAAGAACCACAUCAACGGUGAGAACCUUCUCGAGCUCGACAAGGAUGUGCUCAAAGAGAUGGGCAUUGAAAAGGUCGGCGAUCGCGUUCGCCUGUUCUUGGGAAUUAAGAAGUUGAGGACCAAGGCAUACGCGAACCAGAAGAAACGAAAUAGGGAUUCCUUCGGCGGACUCGAGCAGUACACGCCAUCCUCGGGCGGCUCUCCGCGGCCCUCUGCAACGAGUGCCCGGACCAUGCCGACUCCGUCCCUCAACAAGCGGUACUCGAGGCAAUACGACACACUGCCCAUCGAGGGCACGUCAUCUUCCCGCCCUACAUCCCCGCUACCCAACUCAGAUGCCAUACGCCCAUUACGUCCGCGAUAUGGACAGAGCCCCGGCUAUGCAAGCAACGCCGGAGCUUCAGCCCCCCAGACUGGCCGAUUGGUAACUUCCCAUACGAGGAACAACUCCAGUAUGGAUGGUUCACUGAUGGCCGGCCUACCGCAGAAUCAGGAUGUCAUUCGUGUCAUUUCAACGGGAGGCGUCACUAAAGUUGUCAAAAUUGCCGAUUGCAAUACGUGUGAAGAAGUUAUGCGAGUCACCUUGAGGAAAUUCGCUUUGCGAGAGGACCACGAGAGAAAUUACUGCUUUUGGGUACUGGCCGGCAUCGAGCCGGAUCCCAACCAGUGCAGACGACUUGGCGACACAGAGCUCUGGCGCAUCAUCAAGGACCAGAAGCGCCCCGAGCGCAACCGUUUGAUAUUGCGCCGCGUGCCUGCCGGUGAGCCGGGCAUGCCCGAGCUCGAGAGAGCCGCGGGCAUCGCCAUUGAGGAGGCACAACAGAACCACAGCCGGGCACUUGAGAGCGUCGAUAAGAGAAGCCAGAUGAAGGUACAGAAACUUCUCGGUGAGAGGUGGAACGAUCAGCUCCAGAGCCCCUUAUCCCCUGUCUCGUUCCAUGACCGAGAACGCAACGUUUACAACACUGUCAAAGAACUGGAGCGCCCGGCAUCCAACGACGGCCCUCGAUCGGGCCCACGGAGGAACAAAGGAACCCUGCGAUCCUUUGGUGGUCUCCGACCUCCCAGCGAGCUUAUCGCUUCUGAUCUUACAUCCUACUUCCCUGACCACCCCAGAGAGGAGAUUGAUCGCACUGCCCGCCUGUCCAUGAGAAGGUCUACUCGCAUGAGCAAGGUCAACAGUCGACUUAGUGUAGCUAGCAACCUAAGCUUUGCUUCCAGCAUUCAGGAUGCUCCUCCUAUUCCUACAAUUGCCGAUAGCUGGCUCAAUGCCUCGAACAACAUGGCCAAGCCGCGAUCCGGCCUGCGCACCACCCAUGCCUUCCGCGACUCAGUCGCCUCAUCAAUGCUUGACACUCUCCAGGAGGAGUCUCCCGUCGAGCCGAACCGCAAGUCGUACGUUUCGUUUGCAGACAGCUCUGACGGUGCUAGUGCCGCUGCCCUGAGCGUUACGGAUCCCGACGGCAACAUUACAAGACGGAGCUAUUUCGAUGCUGAUGGCUCAACCGGAUCCGGAUCUCUUAAGGAUCUCGCUCAGGCACUCAACGAGGAUGGCGAGGACGCGGAUGAGGAACUCGAGAGCUUCCUCGCUGGUGAGUCCUGGUCCGACGACAAAUGGAUGAAGGGAGCCAUGAUCGGCCAGGGCUCGUUUGGUUGUGUCUACCUCGCUCUGCACGCCGUCACUGGUGAACUCCUGGCGGUGAAGCAGGUUGAGGCACCCGCUCCUGGUGCCAACAGCCAGAAUGACGCACGCAAGAAGAGCAUGAUUGAAGCCCUUAAGCGGGAAAUCAGCUUGCUCCGCGACCUUCGACACCCGAAUAUUGUUCAGUAUCUCGGUUGCAGUUCGUCUUCUGAUUACCUCAACAUUUUCCUGGAAUACGUUCCUGGUGGCUCAGUGCAGACGAUGCUCAACUCUUACGGCGCGCUGCCUGAACCUCUCGUCCGUAGCUUCGUGCGCCAGAUUCUUACCGGUCUGUCGUAUCUACACAAUCAAGACAUCAUCCACCGAGAUAUUAAGGGUGCCAAUAUUCUUGUCGACAAUAAGGGAACUAUCAAGAUUUCCGACUUUGGCAUCUCAAAGAAGCUUGAGGCAUCCAACAUCCUCAGUGGCGCCAACAACAACAAGCACCGUCCGUCGCUUCAGGGCUCUGUAUUCUGGAUGGCCCCUGAGGUUGUUAAGCAGACGUCGUACACCCGCAAGGCCGACAUUUGGUCUCUUGGCUGCCUGGUCGUAGAGAUGAUGACGGGCACCCAUCCUUACCCUGACUGCAGCCAGCUGCAAGCCAUCUUCAAGAUUGGCGGUGGCAAAGCUGCCCCCACGAUUCCAGACCACGCGUCAGACGACGCAAAGACAUUCCUUUCGCAAACGUUCGAGAUCGAUCACAACCUGCGCCCAAGUGCGGAUGAGCUCAUGCUCAGCCCCUUCCUUACGCCCAUCACAUAA